AUAGCACCCGGCGCUGCCAGAGUUGUUGUAACUGCCACCGCGAUGCCGAAGGGGCCGAAGCAGCAGCCUCCGGAGCCCGAGUGGAUCGGGGACGGAGAGACCACGAGCCCCACAGACAAAGUGGUGAAGAAAGGGAGGAAGGACAAGAAGACCAAAAAGACGUUCUUCGAAGAGCUGGCAGUAGAAGACAGACAGGCUGGAGAAGAAGAGAGAGUGCUCAAGGAGAAGGAGCAGCAGCAGCAGCAGCAGCAGCAGCAAAAAAAGAAGCGAGACACCCGAAAAGGCCGGCGGAAAAAGGAUGUGGAUGAUGACGGAGAGGAGAAGGAGCUCAUGGAGCGUCUUAAGAAGCUCUCCGUGCCAGCCAGUGAUGAGGAGGAUGAGGUACCUGCCCUGGUACCCCGAGUAGGGAAGAAAACCAAGGGUGGUAAUGUUUUUGCAGCCCUGAUUCAGGAUCAGGGUGAGGAAGAGGAGGAGGAAGAAAAACAUCCUCCUAAGCCAGCCAAGCCAGAGAAGAAUCGGAUCAAUAAGGCUGUAUCUCAGGAACAACAGCCGGGGCUCAAGGGCAAAAAGGGAAAGGAGGAGAAGUCAAAGGGGAAGGCCAAGCCUCAAGAUAAAUUUGCUGCUCUGGACAGUGAAGAGGAGGAGGAUGAAGAGGAAAUAACAAAAGAAAAGGAAACACCCAAGCAAGGGAAGGAGAAGACCAAGAAGGCAGAGCAGGGCUCGGAGGAAGAAGGAGAGGAGGAGGAGGAGGAAGGGGAGUCCAAGGCUGAUGAUCCCUAUGCUCACCUUAGCAAGAAGGAAAAGAAGAAACUGAAGAAACAGAUGGAAUAUGAGCGCCAGGUGGCUUCAUUAAAAGCAGCCAAUGCUGCUGAAAAUGACUUCUCCGUGUCACAAGCAGAGGUGUCUUCCCGCCAGGCCAUGUUAGAAAAUGCAUCUGACAUCAAGCUGGAGAAGUUCAGCAUCUCGGCUCACGGCAAGGAGCUGUUUGUCAACGCAGACCUGUACAUUGUCGCUGGCCGCCGCUAUGGGCUGGUGGGACCCAACGGCAAGGGCAAGACCACCCUCCUCAAGCACAUCGCCAACCGAGCCCUGAGCAUCCCCCCCAACAUCGACGUGCUGCUGUGCGAGCAGGAGGUGGUAGCCGAUGAGACGCCAGCCGUGCAGGCUGUUUUACGAGCCGACACCAAGCGCUUGAAGCUCCUGGAAGAGGAGCGGCGGCUUCAGGGACAGCUGGAGCAGGGCGAUGACACGGCUGCCGAGAGGCUUGAGAAGGUGUAUGAGGAAUUGCGGGCUACUGGGGCGGCAGCUGCAGAGGCCAAAGCCCGCCGGAUCCUGGCCGGUCUGGGCUUUGACCCUGAGAUGCAGAAUCGACCCACACAGAAGUUCUCGGGAGGCUGGCGCAUGCGCGUCUCGCUGGCCAGGGCGCUGUUCAUGGAGCCCACGCUGCUGAUGUUGGAUGAGCCCACCAAUCACCUGGACCUCAACGCCGUCAUCUGGCUCAACAACUACCUCCAGGGCUGGCGGAAGACGCUGCUCAUCGUCUCCCAUGACCAGGGCUUCCUGGAUGACGUCUGUACCGAUAUCAUCCAUCUCGAUGCCCAGCGGCUCCAUUACUACAGGGGCAAUUAUAUGACCUUCAAGAAGAUGUACCAGCAGAAGCAGAAGGAACUGCUGAAGCAGUAUGAGAAGCAGGAGAAAAAGCUGAAGGAGCUAAAGGCAGGCGGCAAGUCCACCAAGCAGGCGGAAAAGCAAACAAAGGAAGCCCUGACUCGAAAACAGCAGAAGUGCCGGCGGAAAAACCAGGAUGAGGAAUCACAGGAGGCCCCCGAGCUCCUGAAGCGCCCCAAGGAGUACACCGUGCGCUUCACGUUCCCGGACCCGCCGCCGCUCAGCCCUCCGGUGCUGGGCCUGCACGGUGUGACGUUUGGCUACGAGGGACAGAAACCACUCUUCAAGAAUCUGGAUUUUGGCAUUGACAUGGACUCCAGGAUCUGCAUCGUGGGCCCGAACGGCGUGGGCAAGAGCACCCUGCUGCUGCUGCUGACGGGCAAGCUGACGCCGACUCGUGGGGAAAUGAGGAAGAACCACCGGCUGAAAAUUGGCUUCUUCAACCAGCAGUACGCAGAGCAGCUGCGCAUGGAGGAGACACCCACUGAGUACCUACAGCGGGGCUUCAACCUGCCCUAUCAGGAUGCCCGCAAGUGCCUGGGCCGCUUCGGCUUGGAGAGCCAUGCGCACACCAUCCAGAUCUGCAAACUCUCUGGUGGGCAGAAAGCCCGAGUUGUGUUUGCAGAGCUGGCCUGUCGGGAGCCUGAUGUCCUCAUCUUGGACGAGCCCACCAAUAACCUGGACAUCGAGUCUAUCGACGCUCUGGGGGAGGCCAUCAAUGAUUACAAGGGUGGUGAGUCAGCUCGGGGCACGCCCUCCUCCUCCCGCCUUGGGAACCAGGCUGUGGUGUCCUUCGGCUGGGUGCCCUCCUCUCAGGUUCUGAUUCCCCUCUUCCUCCUUCCUCCCUGCCCUCCGUUCUCACCAUCUUCUUUUAAAGCUGUGAUCAUCGUCAGCCACGAUGCCCGGCUCAUCACAGAAACCAACUGCCAGCUGUGGGUGGUGGAGGAGCAGAGUGUUAGCCAGAUCGACGGUGACUUUGAAGACUACAAGCGGGAAGUGUUGGAGGCCCUGGGUGAAGUCAUGGUCAACCGGCCCCGAGAGUGAGCUUUCCUUCCUGGACGUCCCCUCAUCUCCUCUCCACUCGGAGGCCUGCUCUGGUCUGCAGCUGGCGCAGCAGCUGCUCGGGCACAUGAAGGUGGAGCGUGGUCUUGAUGUGACCGGGAUACCACUUUGAUUGGUUCCUUUUCUCUGAAAGACUUGUCUGAUCUGCUUCUCUUCAGAUAACUGAGCUGGCCCUGUGCUUGAAAUCCCUCUGUACAAGGAGGGGUGACGUUUGUUAUUGUGGGGUUCCAUCCAGCCAAGCUCAUGUGGCCAGUUGUCUGAGAGUCUGUCCUCACUCAGAAGCCUGCAUCUGGUCCGCCUCAAAGCUUCAGGCCCCGCUGCCGCCCUAGUCUGUGCGUGGUGCUCCUCUUUUCUGGUGGAUUUAGUGCUGACCUAACGGAUGCAAACAGCGGGUGCAGCUCAGAGCUGGAGGAGAGUUCCGAGGCCUGUGCUGACACCCAGGAUUUGGUGCCUGCAGUCUCUCGUCUGGUUGGGGACUUGGGGGCAGGAAAGGAAUGCUGCUGAACUCGGAUCACCCUUUUCAAGGUGAAGAAAUAAAGGAAAGGAGUGGUCUCCGCCCUGUCACUGUUUGGAGAUUCAUGGGAGCUGGAACUGUUCUUCGUCUUGAUGUGCUUUGUUCAGUUUCCCAGCAGUGGCUAGUAUCCUCUCUCCCCGCCCCUACAGGUGGGUCCAGCUUGGAAUCUUACCGCACUUUAGAUGGUGCUUGCUGUUUGAGGAGCCUGCCUCCCUUCCCCCAGCCCUUCCAACAAGGACAAGGGGAAGGGAGUCAUCCCUUGCAGCUAGGACACUCGGGUUUCUCACUGUCCAGGCUGCACCCUGGGGUCAGGGACCAGAGUGCUGAUGCUCCCCAGCGUUACUAAAUCAGCCAAUGUGUACCGCACUGUGGGGUAUACAGGAAGGGAAGAGACAAGGUCGGCCUUCAUGAGUGGUCUAGAUAGAGAAGACUUAGGAAAUAAGACAUGAGUGUACAACGUGAUACGAUUAAUUGCCACAUGUGUGGUGCUCUAGAUUUUAAGUUGCCUUGAGCUCACAGAAAAGAAAGAUUAUCCAGAACUUGGUUAUUUGGCGGGAUCACUUGAGGGUGGACCUUGAAAAAUAGUAAGGAUUUUAAUAAUGAGGAACAGGAAGCCAUUUUUUGGAACAUAGGAAAAGAGCAGAUCGAAGGCGGAUCUAAAGAAAGAAUUAUUUGGGAGUUAGUAAGAGAACAUGGCUGGUGUGGCCGCUUUUCUAUUUAUUUUUGCGGCGAGUGGGGGCUACUCUUUGUUGCAGUGCGCUGGCUUCUCAUUGCGGUGGCUUCUCUUGUUGUGGAGCAUGGGCUCUGGCUUUUGUAGUUGCGGCACGUGGGCUCAGUAGUUGUGGCACGCGAGCUUAGUAGUUCUGGCUCGAGGGCUCUGGAGUGCAGGCCGAGUAGUUUGUGGCACACGGGUUUAGUUGCUCCAAGGCAUGUGGGAUCUUUCCGGACCAGGCAUCGAACCCAUGUUCCCUGCAUUGGCAGGCGGAUUCUUAACCACUGCACCACUGUAGAAGCCCCCCACUUUUUUUUAUGAGAAUUAGAUUGGAGAGAUGGAUUUGGAAAGUAAAACCCAAAUCGCAAGUGGUUGGUUGGUGGUAAUUUCAGGUAGUGAUGGGUGAGGUGGACUAUAGAGACACGUGGGACGGGCCCCAGGACUUUCAUUGUGGGGAUGAGGUAAUAAAUUCUGAAUUAAGAUACGAGAGAGGAAUGGAAGGAAAGGACAGGUGGAUGGAAAGAGCCAGGUGUGGGAGUUGGAGAGCGAAUAGUCAGAUGCGUCCAGUUCUGGGGGGAAUAUGAAGAACCAGUUAAGACUUACUAAGUUGGGACAUCUAAUUUUGGGAAGUUAUUUUCUGGCCAAGUAAUACUGGACUUCAAUUAUGAGUUUUAUGCUGAAAGUGAAGGUUUGGUGUGAAGAUAAUUGUAGAGGUGCCAUUGGGUGCAUCUCCAAGUUAGAUAUAAAGGAACACCCCUCAUGGAAUUUGAGGGAAAAAAUCAGGGCCUUGUGCCAAGUAAGAUGUUACAUGUAAACGUAUCCUCCACAAUUCCAGGAAAUAGGUCUGUGGGACAGUGGGAGCAGGCUUCAAGUGCACUGCUAAUGGUGUGACCUUGGGCUUAGCCUCUUGGUACCUCCUUCCUCAUUUGUAACAUGAAGGUGAUAAGAAGCACCUACCUCACAAGGUUAUUAAGGGAUUACAAUUAUCUGUAAAGCGCUUUAUUUUUUUUUUUAGUUACACGUAUUUCAUGUACACUAUACUUUGCACUGAAAUUUUUCAGGUCACUAGUCUAGAUGAGCUGGUACAUAAAAUAGAUAGUAAUGUUAUUUAUAAAAUGAACACCAAAA